AUAUGCAUCCUCCCUUUUUGCACGUUUAUUUACCCAAUGCAACUGUGACGCACCACCACCAACUAUGUUAAAUGUCAGCAAUUCCUCUUUGUUUAUAAAAGGUUUGUAAAAUUCUGAAACAAUUACAGUCAAAGCAAAAAGCCACACAAAUAACAAAGAUGCAUGUAUGUGUAUUUAUUUAGGCUGCGACAUAAUCUGAUGUUCCCUGUCUGCACAAUCAUGGUCAUGGUGUGACAUUUAAGUCUCAUUAUCACCCUCAAAAAAGUGUGUGUGAGGCGUUGGGCUGUAAGCUUGGCCUCGCUGCCCAUGUGUGCCUGCUUUAUCCUCCUUCUGCAGAACAAAGGGGCCAGUGUGAGCGGUCAGCCCAGAACUUGUCUUUGCAGCUGGACACACAAUGGAGAGGACCGGAGAGAUACAGUGUGACCCGGCUGACCAGAACCGCACCCAGGUUGCGUCAGAGAAACAUUGACAAAUGUUAGUACAGGAUUAGUUUUAGUUUUGAAAUGAAAAGAAAUAUGGUUGUGUGAGAGAAGCUUUAGAGGCAAAGAUGCAAAAAGACACAAAGUGGCACAAAAAACAGUCCUGAAUCCAAACAAGACAGCAAAAUUGACUCAUUGAGACAAAAUGACCCCAAAACAACAUACAGUAGUUCCUAAAAGGCACUGGCUUCGUAUCCUUCACCGCUUGGUGAGGCCUGUUACAAAGCUCCCCUUCUCAGAGUGGUGAGGAAGACGAGGAGGAGGAGCUGCUGUCAUGACACCAGCAGAUCACUGUCAGUAGGAAUGCAAGCCUGACACUAACUUAAGGCUCCAACGGUGAGAGAUGGAAAGUACCGUACAAGCCUUUAGUGGUGUGACUGGAAAGGACAGCAACAAGUCAUUUAACCGAGUCUUAUUAUUAUGUCAGACAUUAAAUUAAAGCCAUGGUGACAUCUUCCACUGAAACAGAGCAAAAAGUAGAAAUACCUCAGUUAUACAUGUAAAUCUAUCCCGUAUCACAUUAUUGUAGUGUAUUACAUGCUACAAAGUUUUGAGGAAUGACUUUAUUUGUUCACAAAAUCUGAACCCUAUUUAUUGUAAAUACGUUCAACAAAACCCUUUGAGAUGUUUUACUCAAAUUUAAAUAUGGCUUUCAGAUAGGAGGAAAUAAAAUUAAAAAAAAACUCAAAUACAAAAAAUAUAUUUUUAAAUAUUAAAUUUAAUAUUGGACUGUGUUUAUUGAUAUUGUCCAAAUAAAGUUUGAGGUUUUCUUAUUCUUAUUUUAAAUGACGAACUAGCCGAUUAUCUCGUAGCCAAUCAGCAGCAUUGCUCCGCGCUGUCCACCAAUCAGAGCGCAGCAAUCGUAACUGAUGCGGGAGCCUGAGGUUGUUCACCUGCUCAGUUCUUAGGAACGGAACCAGGGGAGCAGGUGUCCAGUUUAUCUCGGAACAAGUCAAAGAAAUGACAAACGACACCGUGCGACCCGCCUCGCGCAGCAGCGGAGGCUAGUGUCCGUUAACCCGUCAUGGCUCGGACCGGCUCGGGCUCCGGACCUCUCCUCCUCCGCCGGAACGUCAAGCUGGACUCCUUCCUGAAGCGGAACACGGACCGGGACCUGUACGAGCGGAUCCGAACCUGCGAGCCGUGCGUGGUGGUCUCGGAGAGCGUGAGCAGGGUGUUCAUGCACGUGGUGCUGAGCGACGAGUGCCUCUACCUGACGGAGUACGCGCCGCGCACGCUCACCGCCGCCGUGAGUUUCGCGCGCGUGCGGGACAUCAAGCUGGUCAACGACCUCCCAGACUUCCUCAGCGGGAAGGACCGCGAGCGCUGCCAGCACAUACGGAUCGUCUACGCGGCCCGGAGGCCGGCGCGGAGGCGGCGCCACUGGUUCGGCAGAGACGGGAAGCCCGGACCCGCUCCGUCGGCGCUGUCCUCGCGCAGAAGCAGCCACUGCCCGACCGCCUCCGACGCCGCCGUGGCAUGUCCCGCACAGAGGGACCCCGGCGAGUGGAGGAAGGAGCGCCGCCUUCGCUCCGCCUCCUGUCCGAACCCAGAGACGCUGGGCCUGGUCCGGGUCCCGCACCCUCCCACCCAGCCUCACCCUGCGACCCCCACCUCACCCCAGGAGCCCUCUCAGGAAAGGGGGCUUGGCUCGGUUCUGACCCGCUGGAUGCAGGCAGACUGCGGGGCCGCGGAGGCGGAGCUGCACCUGUACGCCGUGUCGCAGACGUCCCGGCUCUACCUGCAUCUGCAGAGCUUGUGGAGGAGCUCUCUGAUUAGGUCCACUCUGCUGCUGGAGCCGCUCCACCGCCGCGGCAGCGCAUCCGCCGCCGCCUCCGCCCCGGCACGGCCACGUCCUGCCUCCAGCUGGGAGGGGACGACCCGCCUGUUGGCCCAGCUCAGCGCGGCGCUGCUGCAGGACGGGCUCGGCGCCGAGGGCCUGUACCUGCUGCUGCGGGAGCUGAGGGCCGCCGCUCGCCACAGCGUCGCUCUGCGCAGACUCUUCUGGAGGUCCAGUGAGGUGUGCCUGUUCCUGGUCCAGACUCUGGAGGAGUCCCUGGGUGGAUGCCAGAGCCCUGGUGGGGGCUACACCCCAGACCAGCUACUGUUGAGCACCGCGAUCGUCCAGACGCUCGCUGUCAUGUUCAGAGGGACGGAGGUCGAAGCGGCGCGAGUCAACCAGCUCUCUGCCAAAAAAGGUGCCCUGGCCUCCAGGAUGCUGCUCGCCUUAAUAUGUGACCCACAGCCCGAAGCACAUGCACAGGGACCUCUGCUCUGCUCCCAGGCUUUACUCUCCAAGUAUCUGGAUGCUGCCUGCUCUCUACUGUUUGAGCUGCUGCUUGUAGGCGAUGAGAGCAGAUGUUUCUCUGCCGGGAGCCUCCUGUCCCUCGGCUGGAUGCUGCAGGCUCUGCAGCCUCAUCCUCACCUGCUGGCCUUCGUGGGUCACCAGGCCCAGCAGGUGGCGCUGGCUCUGUCGGACCUACAGGAGCCCGCUCUGAGUCCCCUCCAGGCCGUCCUGCUGUUCCAGCGCUGUCGCCUCCUGCUGGCUUGUCUGCAGCACAGCGGCCGCCUGGCCCAGCACCUUCGGUCCCACUUCAGGGAGGAGUUCAGGUACUUUGUGAAGCCGUCCUGUGUUGAGGAGAAGCUGCCGCCUUGCUACCCCAUCAGCCGACCGACCCUGCAGCUGGUGGCACAUAUUCUGACUCUGAUGCUGCAGGAAUGAUUGCACACAAACACGUACUCUUAAACUGGAUUUCACAUUUCAUUCUCGCUGGAAAAUAUACGUACAUAGUAAACAUCUGUGCCUUUGUGCCAACUCAGAGUCAUUUUGAGCCAUGUUGUGCUUAUGUCUCUUUGGAUAGACACAGAGGUAGUUACAGUAAACGGGUUAAAAAAAUAUUUUGAACUUGACAUAGUAAUCCACAGUAAGUGUCAAAUGGCAAAAUACAUAAUCUGUUACCAGGAUAAAAUACUGAGUCAUGA